ACCAAAUCAUUCUUGCUCCUCUCCGUCGAAUCCUAUACUCUCUUCAUGUUCCGCCCUGGAAACUGCAUAACCGACUCUCCUCGGUCCCGAAAGUUUCUCCGCGCGCUUCAAGUGGCUCUCUCUGCCAAGGCGUCGCAAACGUCUGCAAGAAGCAGCGCCACACCCGAUCUUAACUGUUCCCUGUCACUAGUCGCCUCUUCACUAUGACCACGGGCAGCAAGCGCGAGCUGCCAGCAUCUCCCGCAACGACAUCGUCGUCCUCUGUCGAUAACAGCAACUCAUUGCAGCAAUACAUCUCGGCCAAGGAGGUGGCCCAGCAUCAGGUUUUCCGCCAAAACGACAUGCGGCGAUCUAUCAGCUCCACACAGUUCAGCCCAGCUGUCAAAGGUUCCACUAGCCAAGCCUCGGUCACCGGAUCGUCCAUGUCGGCCUCCAACAGCCCGCGUUGUUCGUCCCCGGCAUCGUCGCCAAUGGCCGAAUCCAUUCUCAAGGUUGUUCUCAUCGGCGAUUCGGGCGUAGGCAAGUCCAAUCUCGUCAUGCGCUUCACCAAGAACAAGUACAUGCCACAGAGCGUGCAGACGGUGGGCUUCGAGUUUGCCACCAAGACCAUCCGCGUAGGGGACCGACGACUUAGAGCACAGAUCUGGGAUACCGCAGGACAGGAACGAUUCCAGUCCCUCACUGCUGCCUAUUAUCGCAAUGCUGUGGGCGCCAUGAUCGUCUACGACAUCACAAACCGCAGCUCCUUCGAGCAUGUUACUGGGUGGCUAGCUCAGGUGCACGAGCAUUCGCAUGAGAGUCUCGUGCUGAUCCUCGUGGGGAACAAAUGCGAUCUCGCCCAUUUGCCGGAGAGUAGAGAAGUGUCGACACUUGAAGCCGCGAGGUUCGCAGCGAAACACUCAAUGGAGUUCCUCGAAACAUCGGCAUUGGACGCGACAAACGUCGUGGACGCCUUCAAGAAGCUCAUUGUCCCGGUUGGGCGUCUAUUGUCACCGACUGAACCGAAGAAAAUCGCGCGGUUACCCCCAGGAUGGAGACGUGUGUUAUCAAGAACCAGACCGGGUGAAUAUUCGUACGAGAACCAAUAUACCAAGGAACGCAUCUCAUUUGCGCCCAAAGAGCCUGCAAAACCCUCUCAGCAGAGCUUCCGAACGCCUUCUAAUGGGUCCAAGAGCGGAAUUCCGAGUGUCGUCACUGUCACACGCGAGAGUCUUCAGAAACAGCAUCAGAAGGCAUUUCUCGCACAGAAUCAGACGCCGCAGUGUGGUGUAUGUGUAAGUGACUGCACUAUAUUGUAGAUGCUUAACGACUUGCCUUGUGGUCAUCAGGUUACGGGCAGUCUAUUCUCUUUUUAGCUAUUGCGGUCUGCAUGCUGACCUCGGACACGACAAAACCGAGUAUGUGAUUCACUCGCAACAAAUGAAGAUAAGGAAGUGUCCAGGUCCAAUAGAAGCAGAUCCACUCAAUCAUUCAGUAACUAAGCGUUUAAGGUCGUGGUCACGUUCACGUGUUUCAGCUUGCUUGGUCCUACAUAAAUUACCAUCGCGAUAAGUUAUUGUUCAUGCGUCAAGACAGGC